GGACGGUUGGGCCCAGCUUGUCACGUCGUGCCAUUGCCGAGCCUAUCCUCGCCUCGCCGCCGGGGUCAUUUCGUCUCCCUCCCGCCGCCGCCGCCGCCGCCGCCGCCUCGUCUCCCUUGGAGAGUCCUGGUUCCAGCCUUCGCGCCCGCCGGAGGUUCGUGCGCCCCGCGGCCAAUCAUUUCCUGCCUCUGCGCGUGUACGGUCUCCACCGGCUUCUUGGAUCGGUUAACCAAUAAAGUGAUUAUAUUGAACCGUGUGAUUGAAGCCGGAGUUUUCUCCCUUAAUUCAAACUGCAAGAUUGCUUCAUUUCUUCAUCUGAAGGCAAAUAAAGUCACUCUCCAAUUUGAAGCGGAAACAAGGAGUGCUCUUAUUUGUUGUACAGGAUAAAGUUUGAUCAGUUAAUUGCUGGACAUUGUAGUACCUGAUGGUGGCAUACUUAGAAAGGAAUUUAUUGUAAAUUUUUCUUUGUAUUUGACUCUGUUAUCAUCAUUAUUUCUCUGGCAUUGGGCAAUCAUGUCAGGAAGCGAGUUAGCGGUAAUAAAACCAGAGACUUAUAUCUGGCUUCAGUGCUCUGAUGGUUCAAUACAGCAAGUGGAGGAGGAGGUUGCAAUGUUCUGCCCUAUGAUAUGUCGGGAAAUAGUGAAAAAUGGCACAGGGUCAUCAAAAAAUCAUGCUAUUGCUCUCCCAGAAAGAGUCAAUCCGGCAAGUUUGAGUCUGAUCCUUGACUAUUGUCGGUUUCAUCAGGUCCCUGGGCGCUCAAACAAGGAGCGGAAGUCAUUCGAUGAAAAGUUUGUCAGGAUAGACUAUGAAAGACUCUGCAAGUUGGCUUCAGCAGCUCUCAGUCUACAAUUAAGGCCACUGGUUGAUCUUACUUGUGGAGCGCUUGCUCGAAUCAUAGGAGGAAAGACACCUGAGGAAGUUCGUGAUAUUUUUCAUUUGCCUGAUGACUUGACAGAGGAAGAGAAAUUGGAGCCCCUAGAAAAUAUAAAUGAUGAUCCUACGAUUCGAUUAUUGAACCGGUUGUAUGCAAAGAAGCGGAAAGAACUCCAGGAGCGUCAGAAACUAAAGGAUGUUCAAGUACAAGAAGAGCAAAAAGAUGAGAGAUCUUUGGAUGAGAUACUUUGUUUUAUAAAUGGGGAUGGAGGUUCUGGAGGUGGAAAAACUGCUAAGAAUAAGAAAAAGAAUAAAAGAAGGAAAGAUCAUGCUAAGAAUCCCCCAAAAGCUAACCCUGAGCCUGUAAAUAAGGAGGGAGCUGCCUGUGCGGUUCCAUGCAAAGCGGAUAGUGAUAAUAUUUCUAGACCUUGCCAAAGUCUAGAUGUGCAAGAUGAUAUUGAGUUCCCCUUCGAAGAUGGUGACCUUGAUGAUGGACUUGAUCCUGCAAUGAAGGAAGAGCUUGAUAGAGAAGUGGAGGACUUUGCGAGGAGGUUGAGUCUAGUUUGGCCUGAAAGAAUGCUUUUGGGCCAGGAAAGUAGGGAAAGUAGGGUUCAGUCACAUUUGUGGUAAUGGUUCUCUGCAGAGAUUCUCUGGGAAGCUUUUCGGCAGAGAAUUUUCUCGGUGAGGUUUUUGUUAUAAGAGUAGUGGAAAACCGUAGUCAGGGAGGAAUUUUGUUAGAGAGAAUACAGGACAAUAUUGCAAGCAGAAAUAGUUAUGUCCUGAGAUUUGCAUGUACCCUGCUCUUGAAAAGAAUUUAGUGUGCAACGCUAUGUUAGAAAAAAAAUGAGCGACUUGUAAGUGUAGAGCCAAAAUCUUCAAACCUAUGUAUGUUCAUCAAUUUUGAUUGUAACUAUGUAUCGUUAUGAAUAAUUACAAGUUAUAUGUUGUCUCAGAAGUUGGCUAUAA